AUAUACACGACCUUUUUUUUUUUUUCUUCCCGCGCGGCCGGAAACACAACGUCGCGAUGAUACAAUAUUCGUGCUGACGCCGAGCUGAGCUAGGAACAAGUCGAUCACCGAACACACUUCCUCGACCUCAUCCGACUCCUCCGUUUUCAAGACACUUCGCAAAAUGGCUUCUCCGGCUACCGCGCCAGACAGCAAGGCUGGCACGUCCAUCUAUAAUCCUCACGUCCUCAACUUUUACGAUGCUUUCGUUCUCGGCUUCAGCAAUGACUACGCGUGGAAAUGCCCCACAGAGACGGUCCUCCUGCCAUUGUUCCAGUCGGCCAUUGGGAAGAGGCAUCUUGACGUCGGUGUUGGAACGGGUUACUUUCCCGCGACAGCUGUCGCGCGGGAUGUCGACAAGGUGUGCCAGGAGCUCACGCUGCUGGACCUAAAUCCGAACACACUGCAAAUGGCAAAACAGAGGGUCGAGAGUGUCGCUGGCAGUGCUGUUCGUGUCGACACGGUGACGGGGGACGCAACUCAGGCUCUACCCCUUGAGGGACGUGUAUUCGACGGUAUGUCCCUCUUUUACUUGCUGCACUGCAUGCCUGGACCGACCGCGUCCAAACUGCGCGUCCUUGAUAUGCUGCGACCGCAUCUCGCUCCAGGCGGAACUCUGGUUGGCGCGACGAUCCUGGGCGAGGAGGCGGCCAUGAAUCCCUUGGCACGACUUCUCAUGAGCCUGUACAACUGGAAAGGCAUCUUUGGGAACUGGGAGGAUAACAAGAAGGAGAUUGACUGCAAGUUGCGAGGGUUGUUUGCGGACGUGGAGACCUGGGUCGUUGGACGUGUGAUGCUCUUCAGAGCUCGGAAACCGUUGGAUGUAGUCGUUGCAGGGAAUUAGCCGGCGAAUUAAG